CCACUGCUGCCUCUGCCACUGUUUCUCUCUCUCGCUUUCCUCGGAGAAGAGGGUAAGGAAACCCUAACAUCGAGCUCAAGAAACCCUUUUCUGAAUCCUUCACUGGACUAGAUCCGCCUUCUCUUGAUGGUGCGCGAUCGCCUGAUUCUGUUCCGGUCUGUGACGUAGAUCGCUUCUCGUUUUUCUUUUCGGGGUUACGAUUUCUACUCCUCGAAGCGUUUAUGUAAAGAUCGAAUGUGCGGGUUAAGGCCUUUUUAUUUUUCUUGCAAUCGUCAUGAUUUUUUCAUUUGGGACUUUCUCUCUCUAUUUUGACUUGAAAAGAGAAGGUGCACUGAGAUUUGAAAGGUUUGGUUAGGUUGUGGUUCGCCACUGUAGUGGUUGGAACGAACGAUUUCGUACGCUUUGUUUAUUUGGUUUCAUUGUUUUUUUGGCCAGUGAUGGUAUUCAGUACCAAGUAGAAUCGUGAUCUGCAGGAAUAGCUCCUUCUGCAAGAUCUUGUCUGUACUGCUUUGAUUUGGGGAUGCAGAUCAACAGCUCCGGUUUGUUCUAAUCAGUGCUCUUUUUGGGGGAUGUUAGGUUCCUGGAAAGAAGAGAAAGGGGAGUCCUCAGUUCAGCUUCAAGUCUUGAAUCGCCUGCUCUAGCAAUUGUAGCAUAAAAAAGACGGGUAUUCUUGAUUCAUAGUUUGGGAGGGAGAAGACGGGACAUGCCAUCUCGCAGCGAAGUCUUUUUCAUUUGGAUCGCUCUAUAGAAGUAAAAGUUCCCAACUUGUGGUAUUGAAGGGAUCAUAUAAUUGUUUGGAACAGAGGCGACGAUAAGGUCCGCUUAUGAUGGAUAAGAUUCCUGAGUUGAAGAUGUUGUCCCCGCAGCUUCCUCCAUUUGAUAAGGGACCGGGUGUGCACACAAGCAGCUUGAGAAGUGAACGAGGUCCACCCACUUCUUUCAAAUCUCAAAUUUUGGAUGCCCCUGUACUUAUAAGUUCAUUGAAAGGGAAAGACAUGUUGGGAGAGCAUAAUGAAUUAGCCCCUGAGGUUGAUAGCUUCAGGAGCAUGGAUUCCUUUGAAGAAGGCAGAAGUUCUUUCAAUGGGGCAAGUCAUCCUCCAGAGCCCGUAGAUAGUGAUCUCGUGACGACGGUAUAUGUGGCGAUAGAGCAAGACAAGUCUGAUACGCGUUGCUUAAUGAGAGGCCUCUCAGUAAAAGGUCCUUUCACUGAAGAUCUCUCUGUACAGCUUCCUGCACCAAAGCCAAAUACAGCCCUUGCAUCAAGAGGUGAGAGUGUCGAGCCAAACGAGCCAGGUGCUGUAUCUUCUCCGUUUUCUAUUCCGCGUGCAUCACACACAAUGGAGGCAACAUAUUUAGCACCAGAUUCUGAAGAAAAGGAGUGUGUUUGGGAUGCUUCCCUUCCCCCGAGCGGAAAUGUCAGUCCUCACAGUAGCAUUGACAGCACUGGUGUGGUAACUGCCAUGAGCAUUGUAAACAGUUGCACGAGCACAUAUAGAAGUGAAGGAGUCACUAGUGAUGGUACCAUGGGAGGGGCCUGCGGAAGUGCUAAGGGAAGUAUGAUACUCGACUCGCUUGAAAGCACUAAAACCAGCAACAGUAGAGCUAGUGAUAGCAGCGGUCUUAGUGAUGAUAGCAGCUGGAGUAAUCUUAGUGGAAGUGCUAACAAGCCUCACAAGGGAAAUGACCCUAGAUGGAAGGCUAUUCUUGCGGUUCGGGCUCGGGAUGGUAUACUGGGUAUGAGUCACUUUCGACUGCUCAAACGGCUUGGAUGUGGUGAUAUUGGUAGUGUUUAUCUUUCAGAAUUGAGUGGCACAAGGUGCUACUUUGCUAUGAAGGUGAUGGACAAGGCUUCUCUUGCAAGCAGGAAGAAGCUGACCAGGGCCCAAACGGAAAGGGAGAUUCUUCAACUUCUGGAUCACCCAUUCUUACCAACUCUGUAUACACAUUUUGAGACUGAUAGAUUUUCAUGCUUGGUCAUGGAAUUUUGCCCUGGUGGUGAUUUGCAUACAUUGAGGCAACGCCAGCAAGGGAAGCACUUUUCUGAGUAUGCAGCAAGAUUUUAUGCUGCGGAAGUACUACUUGCUCUCGAGUAUUUACACAUGUUGGGUGUGGUAUACAGAGAUCUGAAACCAGAAAACGUACUUGUUCGUGACGACGGGCACAUAAUGCUUUCCGACUUUGAUCUUUCUUUGAGGUGUGCCGUCUCCCCAACUCUCAUCAAGACCUCAUCGCUCGAUUCCGAUCCUUCCAAACGGGCAGCCGGUGCAUUUUGCGUUCAACCAGCCUGCAUCGAGCCUUCCUCCGUCUGCAUCCAGCCCGCGUGCUUCAUGCCAAGACUCUUCCCUCAGAGAAGCAAGAAGAAGACGAGGAAACCAUGGUCUGAGGUGCCGAGGCAGCAGGCCGCCGCCCUGCCCGAGCUCGUCGUCGAGCCAACAACUGCUCGAUCGAUGUCCUUCGUCGGGACGCACGAGUACUUAGCCCCUGAAAUCAUCAAAGGCGAGGGCCACGGAAGUGCUGUGGACUGGUGGACCUUCGGUAUAUUCCUGCACGAGCUCCUUUAUGGCCGGACGCCGUUCAAGGGCUCAGGCAACCGCGCGACGCUGUUCAACGUGGUCGGCCAGCAGCUCAGCUUCUCGGAGGCCCCAUCGACCAGCUACGCUAGCAGAGAUCUGAUAAGAGGGCUUCUGGUGAAAGAGCCGCAGCAAAGGCUGGGCGUCAAGAGGGGAGCCACGGAGAUAAAGCAGCAUCCCUUCUUCGAGGGCGUGAACUGGGCGCUGAUUCGAUGCAGUACCCCGCCGGAGGUACCGCGGCCGGUCGAGGCUGAGCUGCCGCUAAAGUUCGGCGCGGCCGAUGGAUUCGGCGGUACUGCCACCAGCAGCAAAAGGGUUGUGGGUGCGGACGUGAAGUCCGGAGGGAAGUAUCUCGAUUUCGAGUUUUUCUAGGACGAUGAUGUGGCACUUCAUUCUUUUGGUGUUAGCAUAUCGUUUAAAUGCA